AUGUCCAUUCAAACAAACGCAGCAGGCAACGGCGCCCGCGGGGCUGAAGACGAGAUUCCAGUCCUUUCCCGCUGCGUCAAUCCGGAAGGAAUCUCGUGGACAGCCAUCUGGUAUUCCCCCACCAAUGCCCCCUCAUUCCUGGUAUGUUCUUAUUGCUAUGACCAACACAUCCAACCCACUCGUCACGCAGGCCUUUUCGAGGCUCUCUGGGUAAGCGGGAAUCGUGACCUUAAAUGUCAAUGGAAUACUCCGCGGGUGAUGUCGCAUCUGGCCGCAGAUGACUGGGAUGCGAUCAACGCCUUCAUGGUCGAGCGGAUCAAAAUUCCAGCCUGCAAAGGCCCGGCAGGUCACACCGGGCUUGAUGGCUCCCGGUGGUACGGGAUGAUCGGCGCAUGGGACAUUCAGGGCUUCGUGAUAUGCGAAGCGUGCUAUCUCGACCUGGUGACGUGGAAUCAGCUCAGGACGUACUUCACCGCGACGCCGACAAUCAAGUCGGAAGAGAGAAUAUGGACAUGUGAUGCGGCGGUGCCGCUGAUAAAGGAGGGACUCCUUCGGGCGAUCACGUCACGCAACCGCUGGGAUGACCUGCACCCCAUUUUCAGAAGACGGAUGCAGUAUCCCUCUUGUGUAGAGAUGACAAAACUCCAAGCCAGCUCGACACAUUGGUACGCUUCAAAGGCGGUCCCCGACCUGGUUGUCUGCACGGCAUGCUACCUGGACCACUUCUUUUUGGACCACGCCAGCUCAUGGGAGCUCCUCGACCUUACGGCAGAGCAGCAACAGCAGCAACUCGUCUGUGCGAUGCAGACAGUUCCAAUAUAUGCCGCCUGGGCUGGCUGCAAACGAGUCAGUAUGACUGAAAACACCGACGAGUACGACGGCUUCGAGCACCUAGCCAGGUUGAUCCUCGAGUCGCAUCCCUGCAGUACAGAUGACAUGCGCAACGCGACCUGGUAUGCCCCAGAGGAUUGCACCUUCGAUGCAUUCGCCAUCUGCAGACGGUGCUUCCUAGCCUUCAUGGUCAUUCCUGAUUUCGCUAAGGGGUUCAAAGAAUUCAACUUCCGGCGUGAUGGCAAAUGGCUCUGCGACUUUAACCCUGCAUCGCCACGGUUUUCCAAGUAUCUCCCGAAAUAUGAGGACGCAGUGAACCAAGGAAACUUCUCCAUCUUCUUCAAAUAUGUGUCGGAGCAUGGGCCAUUGCCCGAUUGUCCCCGGGACCAAGCCUACAAGAAUCGCAAAUGGUUUGGAAAAGGCCUCUUUACCGCAUGCGAACUCUGCUACAAGGAUGUCAUCCAUGGGACGAGCCUAGCCAGUUAUCUCGACUGUGCCGUCGUCCCAAACGAAGCCAGAUGCCAGAUGUACUCCCGCCGAAUGCGGACUCUCUGGCAGCAAGCUUGCGAGAACAACGACCUAGACCCCUUCCUGGUGCUUGCAAAGGAGCGCAUGGAUGCGUUUCUGUUGAUGGAGCUAGAGAAGCAGCGCCAGCUGGCUGAGAUGAUGAUGCGCUCGCAGCGGAGGAACAACUUGUUACUGGUGUCUGGAAUGAAUUCGGGAACGGACGGAAUUAUUUCGGCGAUGGGGGUUGAUAACGGUACGAGGUAUGGGAAUGCGGACAUUGGGUUCAACUGGCAUACCUCCCUGGGGGCUGAGGGUCAUCAGCAGUUUAAUCAAGCAAUGGGGAUGGAUGUGGUGCAGGCCUCUGCGGACUUUGCGCGGUUGUCGCCUUUAAUACAGAGGUGGGCGACUUUGCAGUAG